CGCUAAGGAAUUCCGGGUUGUGAGCAACCCACCACCCCUUUUAGGAUCUACCUUGAAUCCAAAUCACUAAAUCCUGUUUACGAAUGCCGCCUAUGAGACGCACCAUUGAAGUGGGUGUGACACCUCGACCAUUGCAGCUCUUGGAUAUCUUGACGGUUUUGUUCGACUGCUGCUCUAACGCAACUCUGGCGUCAGCGGCACGAACUUGCAAAUUGUGGAUGAUCCCGGCUCUGCGAUGCUUGUGGCGAGUACUUGACACUCCACUGCCUCUCCUUCGGCUGCUAGGGAGGGUCGACAAGCCUCACACCAUUUUUCAUGUUGCCUAUGGUAAUGGAUCUUGAGGCACUACCAAGAAUCCAAUUUUAUGCAAAAUGUGUUCAAUCCAUUAUUGUCAAUAUCGGGGACGUGUACCAUUACAUCCAUCCCGAGCUGAUGGACGAGUUUACCCUGGCAGUGCAGUUUUUGCAUCCACCUCUUUUCUCGCGUCUCAUUUCGUUGGAUUGCCAUCUCUAUGGAUCACGGGCGAUCAGAAGCGCUGGGAUUUGGCUUGCUGCGCGCCCUCCCAAGAUCUCAUUAUCCUUCCUUGGCCCUACGGAUGCAACCUGUCUCCCAGUCAUUCGAUCGCUUUGUCACCACAGUGCCUCCUUGUCAUCCCUCAGUCUGCACAUCGGCGAAACUUCAGGAUUUAGUGAAGCCCUCAACGAGUGCUUUGUAAACGCAUUGAAGCCGCUGGUUAACAUUGUUUGCUUGACUGCACACGGGAAAAUCCUUUUGACCCCAGCUGUAUGGACUUGCAUUGCCCAACUCCCCAACGUAAAGGAGGUCCGCUCACCCUACUCCGAGGGAUUCGACCUCGAUUCGGCCUGGCACGGUUUCUGCCCCCCCACGUUAGAUGCUCCAUUUCCCUCUCUUCACACUAUUGAGAUGGGUAUCCCGUCACAGCUAGCAGUGAUGGUUCUGGGGUGUUAUCCUUUGAGUGGGGUGCGUUUUCUCAGACUGCUACUGACAGACGCCGAGGACCAUUCGCCAACAGAGCAGUCAUUAAUCCAGAUAGUCACAAUUUGUAAAGACUUACGUGGAUUGGCCAUCCUGACCCCUUGUUUUGACCUCCCUGUACUGAAACUGCCUCUACCACCUGAUCUUACUCAACUGCUGAUCUAUACUGAUGGCGUUGAGAGCAUUAAUAAUGCUGAUUUGGUGGAUCUAUGUUCUAAGAUGCCUAACCUUGAAGAUUUGGGUUUAAUCCCGGUAUCUCCCCCGAUAAAUGAUGAUCCUCCAAGUCUAACGCUGGAAGUCAUACGGUCAAUCGCGAACGUAUGCCCUCGUCUUGGGCGUGCUUCGUUGUACAUCAAUACGGACAUCUUGGAUAUUCAAUUCUCCUUCGAUGACCCUCCCCUUCCUUCGAAUCAUCCACUUUCUGUACUAGGUUUCUUGCCGUCUCGGGUCCGGGAUUGCCCCGCAGUAGCAACGUAUCUGUGCGCUUUGUUCCAGGACGCUCGACGUGCACCGACGAUCGUGACACGGGCAAUUCAUUUCGAUGAAUAUUUCAAUUGGGAAGGGCGAUAUUUCUGCGAUGGUUUUGAGGAUUCUGAGGAGGAAUGGGGAAACGUUGCGGAGUUUAUGCGCACGCUGAGGAGGCGGGUCAUCUCUUAGUCUCAGAGUUGAUUGGUACAGAAGGAUGCAGAAUUGGAGGCGUUACGGAAGAAACUCCGAUCUUCACCGCGGGAGAGGGUAUAAUGAGAUAAGUCCCUAGCGUUUGAGUUCUUUAUGGGUG